UAAAAUGGUUUCCAUUUUUGGGUAAAUGCAGCUACUUAGUAAUGAAAAGAACACAACUUUCUCAGGCACGUGUGCAAAUCUGACCUACCCCUCUACUUGAUCUCAAUCUUAAAAGAGGCACACAUUGUGUUUUUGGAAUCUCAGAAGAUAUUUUUCAAAUGGGUUUCAAUUUCACUUUCUCCUUGUGCUUCUUGUUAUCACUAAAAGCUGCACUCUUUCAUCAAACUUGGGCUGAAUAUGGAUCAGAGCUCGAGUUCUUGACUCGGGAGUUGCUGGAAGCGGCAAGAGAUCUCGAGUUCUUUGAAUGGAUGAGAGGGUUGAGGAGGAGAAUUCACCAGCACCCUGAGCUGGGAUUUGAGGAGCACAGGACGAGUGAACUCGUCAGGUCCGAGCUUGACUCACUGGGAAUUGAGUACAAGUGGCCUGUAGCCAAAACUGGGGUGGUGGCUUCUAUUGGCUCUGGCGCUAAGCCUGUCUUUGCUCUUAGAGCUGACAUGGAUGCCCUCCCUCUGCAGGAAUUGGUAGACUGGGAAUACAAGAGCAAGAUUGAUGGGAAGAUGCAUGCUUGUGGUCAUGAUUCUCAUGUAGCAAUGCUACUUGGAGCAGCCAAGUUGCUUCAGGACAAAAGAGAUAUGUUGAAGGGAACUGUGAAACUAGUUUUCCAGCCUGGAGAGGAGGGUUAUGCCGGUGCUUACCAUAUGUUACAAGAUGGUGUUUUAAAUGAUAUUGAUGCCAUCUUGAGUUUACAUGUUUUGCCAUCAGUGCCUACUGGUGCUGUAGCUUCGAGGCGUGGUCCAAUACUUGCUGGUGUAGGGCUCUUCUCAGCUACAAUACAAGGGCAAGGAGGGCAUGGAGCAUCCCCUCAUCAGACAAGGGACCCAAUUCUUGCAGCAGCCUUGACAACCCUUGCUCUCCAACAGAUUGUGUCUCGAGAGACGGAUCCGCUUGAAUCCAGAGUGGUAACAGUAGGGUAUCUACAGGGAGGUCAAGCACUAAAUGUGAUCCCAGACAGUGUGAAACUUGGGGGAACUUUUAGGAGCUUGACUUCUGAGGGCCUCUCAUACCUCAAAGAAAGGAUUAAAGAGAUCAUAGAGCAACAAGCAGCUGUGCAUCGUUGUACUGCGCUGGUGGACUUCAUGGAGGACAGACCACUGCCUCAUCCACCAAUGACUAAUAAUGACGCGCUGUAUGAACAUGUGAAGAACGUCGGUGAGGUCCUUCUUGGGAAACCUAAUGUGCAGCUUCUGCCACUGACAAUGGGUUCGGAGGAUUUCAGCUUCUUCUCGGAGAAGACUGCUGCUGCAAUCUUUGUUGUUGGGAUAAAGAAUGAGACUCUGAAAUCAGACCGAGACUUGCACUCGCCCUACUUUUUUAUCGAUGAAGAGGCUCUUCCAAUAGGAGCAGCACUUCAUACUGCAGCUGCAAUCUCAUACUUGGAUGGCCAUGAUGAUGUUAACACUCAGUAGGAACAUGGUUCGCUCUACAAUUCUAGAAAUAAGAACAAUAAAGAUAUUAUAAAAUAAUAAAAAAUUUUAAGAAAAUGAAUGCUGCAAAUCCCGUCUUACUAAAGCACAAAUGCAGUACUCAUAUCACUUGGUGAUUGUGCUUGUGUGUAGCCUUACUUGGAUAGCCAUGGUGCUAAGACAGAGUAGGAGCGUUGUUCUAUUUUCACUUUAAAAAAUAUGUAGCCUUAAACUCUUAUACUUUCUCUAAGCACUCAGAAGUCAGAAGGAGAGAGAAAAUUGACACACAUAAAGCGCCAGCCAUAUCUAAACACAACAUCUAAUCACUAAAAUUUGUUAAUCAAACUCCAACUCCAUAAUGUAGACGUCAGAGAACAUUGUCUGUCAUCUGCAUAAACUCUAGGCAUUGCAUCAA